GUCAAGGCCUAUGAUGUCAAUAUGUGGCGAGUUGCCUCUGCACUAGGUUGAACGUAUCUGAAAUUACUUUUCAACUACGACUCUUUUCCAACAUGUUUUUGCCUCCGAAAUAUAAACCCUUGAAUAGAAUUUCAUGCAUUGACUCUUUGCAGAAUGAAAUUUGAACAACGGGGCCCCACAACUUAUCAAACAAUGCCAAACGUCUUCUCAGAUUACACCCCAGGAGCUCUGUUACAGUUUUUUGAAUGGUUUUAACUGAUGUCUGCCUUGAGCCACAUGAUAGUGUGAGGCUCACUAUCCUGCUGUAAGAAUCACUCCCAUGUUCAUAGUAUGUGACAGUAGCUUAUGUCAGGAAAUGACCUGAUGGGGCAGAGAAAUGGGAGCUAGUGAUGAUAGCAGUGAGUAAAAAGAACAGGCUCAAGGCCAGUUUGUACUUUUCGCAUCUCUGAGGGUCCGCUUUAGUCUGCGUGAAGUAAAUGUCGUCACUCGCCAUGGACCUGUCUGUGGACUUCCGUGUGCAUCCCAAAAUAUGUGACUGCGUGUGCACCUCUAGCUGGUUUGCCAAGAAGAAGAAAGAGAAGAUAAUAAUACAAAGGAUGCUUGUUUUGAAGAGACGUUGUGUAAGGAGAUCAGCCAUUAGACACAUUUAUAUAAUUUGUCUUCAAAGGAAUACGAAAACAGCUUAAUGGCCAUCUCCUGGAACACAUAGAAGUCCUGAGAAAUUGUGCUUAGGAGAGAUGAAAAAGCAUGCCGUGCAAAGUGGAAAUACAGCACUUGCGAGUUAGAUAUGAUAAGGGGAAAGGGGUAGACAUGCGUGAAACACCAGACUGACGAGGACCCUCACUUGUAUUAUGUAUAGAACUUCCAGCGCGUCUGUGGCACUGGUACAAGUCCGCAGCUCUACAUGGAAAGCGGAAAGUAUGUCCAAGCCUUUAAUUCCUCCCUGCUGUAUUUAUCUACUUCUUUUGUGUCACCAGCAUAGAAACUCCCACUAACCCCCUAACCCCCACAUGGCAUCUCAUGUCAAAUGAAUGACUGAAUACCAUUUGGAAUGUGCAUGUCUUUCAGCCAGUGUUUAUGUCCCGUCGAGAACAAUUGAACAAGUUUGACAGCUGAGACACAAAGGCCAUAUGAUGCCUUUGCUCUUUCUCCAAAAGCAGAGUACACAUGAGAAGUUCAUGACAGUCUUAAAGUGUUUUUACACUCCUUUUCUACUUCAGUUCAUUAGUGAGUGAAGUAGUGAAGCCAGUGAAGUUUGUCUCAAACAAGAGAUAACUCAAACUCUUGGUAUAAAGUCAAUGGAGGUUUUAUGAGAUAAACCCAUUGUUGUGGAACUUACUGAGCCAGAGAAGGAGGGGAGAGAGCCAUCAUCACACAACAGCUCCUCCCAAAGAGAGCAAACACCUCCCUCCUGCUUUAGUUCACUCCCAUCACACUAAGGUUCAACUACUCUCAGAGAGCUGCACACUUCUCUGCCGAUAGACCCUGGUUGCCCUCACACUGGUGCACAACACAGGUGUGACUGCAUCUGACCUGUUAAUCACCAGCGCGGUACAGACAUCAGUUUCAGUCUUUACCUCAGACAUUUGACUUAUACUUGACUUAUACUGUGCAUCUUUGGCAGCUCCACUUUAGGAGCACUUUUGGACUUUCUGAUUCAGACCGGUUACAGAGCAGCACAUUUUUUAGUGUGCAUUGACAAAAAGCUAGAAAGAUGAAUUUUGAUGAAAUUCUCAGUCUUAUUGGAGGCUUUGGGAAGUUCCAGAAGAUCUUGUACGUAUGGAUCUGUCUACCUCAGAUCUUUCUAGCGUUCCACAUGCUGGUCUCUGUCUUCACUGGAGCUGUUCCUCCACAUUUAUGCCGCUCCUCGUGGCCCUCAGCGGGUGCUCCAGCCUCUUCAAACUUCAACUUCAGCCAUUUAUCUGCCCCUGGUGGUCAGCCUGACCUGUCCUGCUCUGUUCCAUUGAACCACAGCAUUGCUGUGGCUCUUGACAGUGGACACCCUACUGGGAGCUGCCAGGGAGGCUGGGAAUACAGCAAAGAGACCUUCCAAAGCACCAUAGUAACUGAGUGGGACCUGGUUUGUGACAGCGCCAGCCUGAACAACGUGGGCUCCUCCAUAUACAUGCUUGGCCUCCUAGUUGGAGCUGUUGUCUUUGGGAGCUUAGCUGAUAAGUACGGUCGCAGGAUAGUCAUUCUCUUGAACCUGGCUAUCCAGGUCAUCUUUGGGGUUGGUGCUGCUUUCGCCCCUAAUUUCUACGUCUACAUUGCCCUUCGCUUUAUGAUUGGAACAUCCAUCUCUGGUGUCAUCAUGAAUGCCUUUGUCCUAGGCACAGAAUGGACAGGAUCUAAGCAGCGGAUGUUGGCUGGUAUAAUCACCGACUACUUUUUCGGCGUUGGCUACAUUCUGCUUGCCGGGGUGGCGUACCUCAUAAGAGACUGGCGUAAACUGCAGCUGGCUAUCUCAGCGCCUGGCUUCCUCUUCAUCUUUUACAUCUGGGUGUUGCCAAAGUCAGCCCGCUGGUUAAUGGCCAAUGACAGACAAGAGGAAGCAUGGGAACUGAUCCAGAAAGCAGCGCAGAUGAAUGGAAAGCCCCUCACCAAACAAUUAGAGAUCUGUCAGGUUUAUAAAAUUGAGGAGAAAAGUGAGGAGAAGAAAAAAUACUCAUUCAUUGACCUUGUUCGAACCCCCAGAAUGAGGAAGCAUUCUCUGAUUGUUUUCUAUCUGUGGUUUGCCAAUGUGCUUGUGUACUACGGCCUGUCUCUCAACAUUUCUGACUUUGGAAUGAACAUCUAUCUGACCCACAUGAUCUUUGGCCUGGUGGAGAUGCCUGCACGCACCAUCACCCUGUUCACCCUCAACCGCUCCCGCAAGAUCUCCCAGCUGGCCUUCCUGGCUGUGGGUGGCACAGCCUGCCUGCUCACCAUCUUCAUCCCCAGUGACCUGUCUGUCAUUAAAACCGUGCUGGCCAUGAUUGGGAAGUUUGGGAUCACAGCCUCUCUUUCCAUUAUUUACGUGUACUCAGCGGAGGUGUUCCCCACUAUUAUCAGACAGAAUGGGAUCGGUAUUGGCUCCAUGUGCGCUCGGAUCGGAGGAGUCCUGGCUCCCAUGCUGUACCUUCUGAGGAGCAUAAGUCCGCACGCUCCCAUGGUGCUGUGUGGCCUCUGCCCUCUGCUGGGCUCUGUCCUCACCCUGCUGCUACCUGAGACAGCCAACAAGCCCCUGCCUGACACCAUCGAAGACGUAGAGGGAUCCGACCUCAGUGAGAACGGCGGUCUGAAGCAAGUCGUCUUUGAGAAGGACGUCGUCGGCAGCACCAGGAUUGACUGCUGAGAUGAGCUGCUACAUCUCAUGAGACAGUCACUACUUUUCAGGCCUUUUCCAAAGGCAAACAUCUAUGCUUCCAGGGGAAGUUAACAUGGGACUUUGUUUUUCAGAUUCUGAACACUAGAGCAGUUUGUGUUGAAGUGUUCUUACUCUUUUUCACUAUAUUUUGUAUAAGUUUGUUUUUAUAUGUUGUCUUUGUAUUUGCAUGUUAAAUAUCAUCAUCUUAUAUUUUUUGUAAGUGGAAUGGAACAACUAAUAUUAAUACAAUUAAAAUUGUAAUAUUAAGAAUAAAAUGUACAGAGAAAAUUAACUCCAUAGUCUUGAACAACGUAUGGGGUGCACCAUUGUGGGAAGGAUCCAAAACAAACAGGCACACCAGCUCUCACAGAUAAAUGUACUUAUUUAAUGUGGGGAUAAGGAACAGAAACACGUGUUUCAGCCACAAAGCAUCAUCAACAUGAUGAAAGAAGCAGGAAGCGGCACAGAAUCAAAUAUUGCCCAAUUUAUACCUUUGCGUGUAUAGAUAUGCAAAUGACAAGGUGGUAUUUAUGCAUUACACACCCAGGCACGGUUGUACAGUCUCAAAGUAAAAUCUUCUAUCCAUGUGCAGGUAAAACUCAAGUCCUCAAGGAGCCAUUUUAGCUACAAACUGGUGCCAUUACAGAUGUAUAAGACCUGAUAAAAACACUAAUCUAAAGAGAGAGCUUCCUCCUCUUUCAGCUGUCAUAGCACCACAAGAAUUCCAGGUAAGGUGUUUUUAUACACAAUGCUUAUAAUUGAAGUAUAGUUUACAAGGGUAUGUUGCAGGUAUAGACUGUAUGAAAUAAUGGACGUAGCCACCAUGAUAUCACCCAUUGGUUUGUGGAAUCUUGUUUUGAAGCUUUGCCCUUUGGCCAUCGCCAUCUUAGAUUUUUAGGGAGCCAGGAGUGACAAUAUUAGGACAAGACGGUGGCGAUAUUCCAUUCCAUUCCAUUGCUAGCUUAGUUAGCAUGGUGUGUUUACAGCUAUGGUUCUGUGAUCAUAGUAAUGCUAAUGCUAAUUUUCUUGAGCAAAACACAGGCUUGAAAACAAAAUGUACUUAGCGGAAAAACUGAGUACUCGACUCUGUAAAGAGUCUUUUAGUACAACCAAACACUGAGCAAGACUUGUUAGGCCACAUUAAACGUUACAAUUAACUUUCAUGACCUAAAAACACACUGUAACUAUGGAUUCCCACCAAAAGCUUCAUGAGCGUCAUAAGCAGCCGGCAGCCAUUCAUUUUCAGUGCACACUGGCAACAAAGGGUGUCAGGGGCGUCGGCUGCAGUGAGCCGCGCAAUGCCAGUGACCAGAGCGUCAAGUAGAAGUUGAGAGAAGCUGAACUUUAUGCAAAUGAGCAGCACCGCCGCCAAAGCAGCAGCCAAUUGCAGACCGGGUUUGCAUGACUCUGUGGAUUCAGACAGACUGACGGCUCCAGGUCCUGCAUUUCCUCAGCAAUUAUGGCGAUGCAAUACAAGGGAGGCUUCCGAAAGUGCGAUCCAU